AUGUCUGAACAAGACGAAGGUCCAAGUAAAUGCAGUCGAAAAACAGCACUUUCAAUUUUCGUUGCCUUCGAAGCAGUUGCUUUCACACUCAGUCUUAUCGCUUUGAUUAGUCCAAGUUGGCAGUAUGUCUAUUUGGAGAAUGGUCGAACAGAGCAUCAUCAUGGAUUAUGGCUCGAUUGCAAACGUGACUAUUCACAUGAAUAUGGAAGAACCAGAGAGUAUUAUGAAACACUCUAUAGGUUGGAUGUAGAAGUAACCCCAUUCGAUCACUUCUUCUUGCCAUCACUGAAUUGUGUCUAUAAAUUCGAUUACUAUAUUGAUACCGAAGAUUUGUACGAUCACAACCACGAUGAAAAUCGUUUACAGGAUGAUGCAAAUCAACAUCUUUUUUUACCAUGGAAAAUCGCAGCACUUGCGGCACUGGGACUGGCGAUUCUGGCCGCUGGAAUGGCUUUAUUGCUUUGCAUUUGUGCAUUUUGUCAUCGAACUUUUAUUUGUGCGUCGACCGUUCUUGUUUCGAUUGCUGCAUUUUUAUCGAGCGUUGGUCUUCUCGUGUUCUACAUUUGGGCUAACUAUCAAGAUAACAAUAUCAUCAAGGAAGAUGAUGCUGUUUAUCAGCAAUAUUUCGGCUGGGCUGUAUAUAUGCAAGCUGUUGGAACGGUUUUACACUUCUUGGCCUCAUUCCUGGGCUGUAUCGCCACAUCAACCGCUUUUCAUAAAGGCAAAGCAAAGCUGGUCAAAAUAGAGGUCGUCGAUACUGAUAGUUCAUCGUUACUCGACACUAAUCGAUCGCAACAAUUCAAACGCUCAUUCUCGGCUGUUUAUAAAGUUGAUUCAGCUGCACUCCGUCGAUGGGAAAAAGAUUAUAUGAGCAAGCUGAAAACACAAAGAAGUUCGAAUGAGGUACAUCUUCGUAGCAAUGCUCGGUUUCCUUCAGUCCUCGCAAACGGUUAUAAGAUAGUGGAAUAA